UCGAUGCCUCUUAACCACCGCCUCCUCGCCCACCCUCCAGCUGCUGCGAGAUUACUUUGCAGUGGUCCCGAGGCGGCCGCAUCCCCUCCCUUCCUCUGUCCUCUCCUGUCUCCGCCCCCUCGCGCCAAGGAGGCCUUGCCGCUUUAAGCGCGCGCGGGAGGUUGACAAGCAAUAAACGCCAAGCGCCAAGCAGCACUGGAGUCGCCCGGAGCUAGGGGCUCCCGGAGGCGCAGGAGAGUGACUUCAGAGUCUUUGCUGACCUCAUCAUGCCAGUUGCUGCCACCAACUCCGAGUCUGCGCUGCCGGUGUCUGGCUGGGAAGGCGCCGACCUCGCUCGAGACUGCUGCUCCAGGAGCCGUGGAGGGGUCGCCAUGGCUUGCAGCCCAGGCAGCGAGGCCUCCUUGGAGGGAAUUUCUCUGGGCUCCUCUGAGGAAGCAGAGCUCCGCAGGGAAGGGGCUGCAGAGCUGGACCUGAUUUUUCUUCGAGGCAUUAUGGAAAGCCCCAUAGUCAGAUCCUUGGCCAAGGCCCAUGAGCGGCUGGAGGAGACAAAAUUGGAGGCUGUGCGAGAUAACAACCUGGAGCUGGUGCAGGAGAUCCUUCGAGACCUGGCGCAGCUGGCAGAACAGAGCAGCACUGCUGCAGAGCUGGCACGCAUCCUCCAGGAGCCCCACUUCCAGUCCCUCCUGGAGACACAUGACUCUGUGGCCUCAAAGACCUAUGAGACACCACCCCCUAGCCCAGGUCUGGACCCCACAUUCAGCAACCAGCCUGUACCUCCUGAUGCAGUGCGCAUGGUGGGCAUUCGCAAGACUGCAGGAGAGCAUCUGGGUGUGACAUUCCGAGUGGAGGGCGGUGAGUUGGUGAUCGCCCGAAUUCUGCACGGGGGCAUGGUGGCUCAGCAAGGCCUACUGCAUGUGGGUGACAUCAUCAAGGAGGUGAAUGGGCAGCCAGUGGGCAGUGACCCCCGGGCCCUGCAGGAGCUUCUGCGCAGUGCCAGCGGCAGCGUCAUCCUCAAGAUCCUACCCAGCUACCAGGAACCCCACCUGCCCCGCCAGGUAUUUGUUAAAUGCCACUUUGACUAUGACCCGGCUCGGGACAGCCUCAUCCCCUGCAAAGAAGCAGGCCUGCGCUUCAACGCUGGAGACUUGCUUCAAAUUGUAAACCAGGACGAUGCCAACUGGUGGCAGGCAUGUCAUGUAGAAGGGGGCAGUGCUGGGCUCAUCCCCAGCCAGCUGUUGGAGGAGAAGCGGAAAGCAUUUGUCAAACGGGACCUGGAACUGACUCCAACCUCAGGGACCCUGUGCGGCAGCCUUUCAGGAAAGAAAAAGAAGAGAAUGAUGUAUUUGACCACCAAGAAUGCAGAGUUUGACCGUCAUGAGCUGCUCAUUUAUGAGGAGGUGGCCCGCAUGCCCCCAUUCCGCCGGAAAACCUUGGUACUGAUUGGAGCGCAGGGUGUGGGUCGGCGCAGCCUGAAGAACAAGCUCAUCCUAUGGGAUCCAGACCGCUAUGGCACCACGGUACCCUACACAUCCCGACGCCCUAAGGACUCAGAGCGGGAAGGCCAGGGCUACAGCUUUGUGUCUCGUGGGGAGAUGGAGGCUGACAUCCGUGCUGGGCGCUACCUGGAACAUGGCGAGUAUGAGGGCAACCUGUAUGGCACACGGAUCGAUUCCAUCAGGGGCGUGGUUGCCUCCGGCAAGGUGUGCGUGCUGGAUGUCAACCCCCAGGCAGUAAAGGUACUGAGGACGGCCGAGUUUGUCCCUUAUGUGGUGUUCAUUGAGGCCCCUGACUUUGAGACACUGCGGGCCAUGAACCGGGCUGCACUGGAGAGUGGAGUGUCUACCAAACAGCUCACGGAGGCAGACCUGAGGCGGACAGUAGAGGAGAGCAGCCGCAUCCAGAGGGGCUAUGGGCACUACUUUGACCUCAGCCUGGUCAACAGCAACCUGGAGAGGACCUUCCGAGAGCUCCAGGCUGCCAUGGAAAAACUUCGAUCGGAGCCCCAGUGGGUGCCUGUCAGCUGGGUGUACUGAGCCUGGAUCUGGACCUUGUUCCCUGCUGAGUUAAGAUCUAGAACCUGAAUCCAUCCCCUAUCCCAUCUGUGACACUCCCUCACCCUGCCAUGAUCUUUAGUCCCCAUCUCUGGUUUUCCCUGGAUCACAGUUCCUAGCAGGCCCUACAGCUGGCUUCAGUGUAAGGUGUGCACUGCCAGGGAGGUGGGUGUUCAUGGGGUACCUCUGUACCCAGGUGCUGCCCACUCCCAAUGACCACUGGCCUCCAGACAUCCCUAAGGGCCAAGCUGUGUCCAGGAGUGUCUCAGAGUCACUCCCAUAAUGCUCAGUUCAGAGAAAAUCAAAGCUGUUUGAGGACCUUGUGGUCAGUAGGCAUAUGACCCCUGCCAGCUUUUUCUCCUCUGGGCUGGUGACACCUACCCUGUUCCUGGGCCCCUCCCAUCUCUUACUCUAGUCCUAGAUUCAGCUUUGGGCUGUUCUCAUGUGGCCAGGGGAGUACUCAGCAAUUGGUAGCUAGGCAGACCUGGGCAGUAAUGCCAGUCUGGGCCAUCCUAAAGGAGAGGGGAGCCCAACCAUGAGCCAGAUGCAGCUGCCAGUGUGAGUUUCAUCUCCCCCAGGAGCAAAUGCGGCCUGGUCUCUCCCUCAUCCACAGCUUCUCACUGCCAAAGUCUCUCCACAGACUUCCCCAAUGUGUCCUUCUUGGGUAAGCUCUGCUACCCAAAGGGUGCAGCUGGCAGGGGCUAGUGGGCUCAGCCUAGGUUGGGAAAGGGCCUGGAAGACUGAGUCCUCUGUUGUGGUUAUCGAAAGCACUCCAGGCUCCAUGGCCCAUACAGGGCUUAGUCCGCUUUGGGCUUCUCUUUUGAUGGAUCCAGGUAGCCCACUGGCAUUAGGACUGACAGGAUGGGAGUUAAGGCAGGAUAGGGGGGAGGACUGUGAGUGUGGGCUUAGAAACUGACAGGUGAGCAGCGCUUGCCACACAGGUCCAGAUGGCCCCAUUGGCACUCCAGGCUGGGCAACCUGUGGUGCUGUGGUGCUGGUCUGUGUUUCUGGCCCUGAUGUAUGUGCCUGUGUGUGUGUGUGUGUGUGUGUGUGUGUGUACAUGCACUUGUGUGUAACUUGGCUUGAGGGAGAGGCUGCAAGUGAUUGCUUUUAGGUGGCUUUUUGGGGCCCCUUUAUGGGUUCCCAUCAGCCUCCAAUUCUUACAAGGCCUCCACCUCAGACCCCAGAGCCUGGGCCCUCUUCAGAU